UGAUGUGAACUGGGCCAAAAGUGUUUAGCGAUGUAUUCUGGUGCAGCAAUUUCCUUUCUGCUAGGGUGGCCGUUGUGAUGCCAACUAUUUUGCUUUGGAUAUAGAAAGGAAAAGCACAUCAGAUGACAGGCAAUAAUAACAAGAGCGCCAGCAGCAACCUUGGGUGGUAACCAAUUUUCUUCGUCUGCAGUCAACGGUUAUCAGAAAAGGUCCUAUAUAAAGGCAAACGGAAUCGGUUUCAAAACAUCAGUUCCACUUUAGAACAGAACAACUUCAAGUCUACCACACAAACAACCAUGAAUAAGUUCAUCGUUUUGGCCACUUUGAUCGCCGCGGCUGUUGCUGCUGACAUUUACCCCAAGCCCUCUUAUCCGGCCCCGGCUGCAGCUGCUGGUUACGCCAAACCCGCUGAAGAAUACCCACCGAUGCCGUACAGCUUCGACUGGGCUGUCAAGGAUGAGCCAAGCAACAACGACUACGCUCACCAGGAGGCCAGCGACGGCAAAGUCGUCACCGGAUCUUACCGUGUCGUUCUCCCUGAUGGCCGCACCCAGAUCGUCACCUACAAAGCCGACGAGAACGGAUACGUCGCCGACGUCAAGUACGAGGGAGAAGCCAAAUACCCCGCACCCGAAUCAUACAACAACAAGCCAGCCCCGAAAUAUUAAGUUAAACCCAUCAAAUUUUCAGCAGAAUUCUGCUCAUUCAACUCAACAAAUUGGCGUUUGAACAAAAUCCCCUUAUCCUCUCACUUUCGAAAUUCGAAUUAUGAAUUUGAACCGCAUUUCUUCCAUUUCUGUUUGAGCUUUGUAAUUUAUUUUUUUUCCCCCAACAUAUAUGUAUGACACUUUGUUGCGAAUACAUAAUCGUAGAUUAUAUCAUAA